AUGAUAUCAACGAGCUCAAGUGUGAAUCCCGAACGAGCUCAAGAGCGGAUCUUCAGACAAGCAAGCGCAGGAGCUUCACGUCUUGAGGUUAUGAUCUCAAUUGACGCAUUCUGUGAAGCUAGCCUGGGAGCUUUAAGGAGAUUAACAGCAACGUUUCAGCCCAAUAAAGAAGUGUGGCUGCAGUGGAGCUUUGAACGAACUCGCCGGCAUCUUCAAUUGUCCAAGCUUCAACCAAUUGGAUUUUAUGAGGAAUAUAUGGAUCGCCAUGAAGUUGUGACCUGCACUGUCCUGAAGAAGCCGCCUGCACCUGUGAAGGCCCCAGGAUGCGUCUGUGAAGCCAAGGGAGCAGCUGUGAAGCCACGAUCUUCAAGAAGCCGCCAAGGAGAUGCGUCUGUGAAGCCGCCAGGAUCCGUCUGUGAAGCCAAGGGAGCAUUCGUGAAUCUACGAUCUUAA